GGGGUGCAAGGCGGCUGCUGCGGGUAUGGAGGGCAUUCUGGCAGCCAACUGGAGCGCAGCCGAGGCGGCAAGCACGGGACCACCGGGGACCGAGGGCAACCGCACGGCGGGUCCACCGCGGCGCAACGAGGCCUUGGCGCGCGUGGAGGUGGCCGUGCUGUGCCUCAUCCUCUUCCUGGCACUAAGUGGCAACGCGUGUGUGCUGCUGGCGCUGCGCACCACGCGCCACAAACACUCACGCCUCUUUUUCUUCAUGAAGCACCUAAGCAUUGCAGACCUGGUGGUGGCGGUGUUCCAGGUGCUGCCGCAGCUGCUGUGGGACAUCACCUUCCGUUUCUACGGGCCUGACUUGCUGUGCCGCCUGGUCAAGUACCUGCAGGUGGUCGGCAUGUUCGCCUCCACCUAUAUGCUGCUGCUGAUGUCGCUGGACCGCUGCCUGGCCAUCUGCCGGCCACUGCGCGCGCUGCGCCGCCGCACCGACCGCCUAGCUGUGCUCGCCACGUGGCUCGGCUGCCUGGUGGCCAGCGCCCCGCAGGUGCACAUCUUCUCACUGCGCGAGGUGGCGGAGGGCGUCUUCGACUGCUGGGCCGUCUUCAUCCAGCCCUGGGGUCCCAAGGCCUACGUCACAUGGAUCACGCUGGCCGUGUACAUCGUGCCGGUCAUUGUGCUGGCGGCCUGCUACGGCCUCAUCAGCUUCAAGAUCUGGCAGAACCUGCGCCUUAAGACGCUGGCGGCUGCGGCGGCCCAGGAGCCCGAGGGGGCGGUGGCGGGCGCAGGGCGCGCGGCUCUGGCGCGGGUCAGCAGCGUCAAGCUCAUCUCCAAGGCCAAGAUCCGCACGGUCAAGAUGACCUUCAUCAUCGUACUUGCCUUCAUUGUGUGCUGGACGCCCUUCUUCUUCGUGCAGAUGUGGAGCGUCUGGGACGCGGACGCGCCCAAGGAAGCCUCGGCCUUCAUCAUCGCCAUGCUCCUGGCCAGCCUCAACAGCUGCUGCAACCCCUGGAUCUACCUGCUGUUCACUGGCCAUCUCUUCCAUGAACUGGUGCAGCGCUUCCUGUGCUGCUCACAAGGCUAUGUGACAAGCGGCCGGCAGGCUGAAACAAGCGCCAGCAAGAAGAGCAACUCCACCUUCGUGCUCAGCCGCCGCAGCUCCAGCCAGCAGAGUGGCUCGCAGCCCGCCACAGUGUGACCAGUGUGACCAUUGGCCCGGCCCAGGGCUGCCCCUGGGGGCUCCCAGGGUGUGUGGGCAGGGACAGGCUGCCCCUUGGGGCUGCAUGUACAUAUGCUGUAAGGUAUCUGUUGGUUUGUAUGCUCUGCACACCUGGGGUGGCUUCAGUGGGUGAGCGAGGAGGUCCCUGGUAGAGAUGACAGGGCACUCAGCCACCAGGCAUUCCCGGGCUCGCAGGUGCUUCUGCUGCUCCUGACCCCAUGGCCACUAAGGGUGGUGGGAGGGAUUUUUUCCUCCCUUGACUUGGGCCUUCACUGAGCUGGUCACUCUUUCAGGCUGGCAUCUUGCUGUGGUGGCUGCUUGGGUUGGAAGGGGUCCCAUGUUCCAGGCUUGGGGUGAGGAGUGGAAAGGGGGUUCUAGAUGGGUUGGUGGGCGGGAAGCGGUGCCAAUAUUGUCAUGACCCCAGAGUGCGUUUGUCUUUGCCAGCAGCCUUGAGGGUCAGCUGGUGAGAAGGUAGCCCAGCCUCUGUGAGUACUCAGGGCCCUGUUAUGGGAGUGAGAGAGCGCGGAGCUGACAAAUGUUCAAGAAGCAUUUGGGGCAGAGAAAGAAAGGAGAGGCCUCCAGAUGGAGAAGACGCAAGGGAAGACGUCUGUAGGCAAAUGUGGCUUUGUAUGUAACAAAUCCUUAGGAGUACUCAUGUG